AUGUUUCGACUCUCUCAAUUAUCUUCUUCAUCGGGUUUCUAUUCAUCCUCAUCACACACCAUCGAUCAUGAUGCCAUCACACAACAUGAUCCUACAAGAAUUCAAAAUUUAUUAUUUUCAUCAUCCUCUUUAAACAACCCACAUGGUCUCUCACUCACUCCCUUGUUGUUCGGUGGUGAAGGAGGUGGUUCUGUUCAUGAACAACCUUCCAAUCAUCCUCCACUCGAUGAUGGAAAUGCGAAUGAUUUUUUACAUCCAAUUCAUCAACAACAACUCAAUCCACAACAACCAUCUCAUCUAGAUGUGAAUACUACAACCACCACCACCUCCACCCAACGAAUAGAAUUUCCUAUACUGAUUUUGUUCAGAGUCAUUCCAUAG